GGGGGGCGGGGCUAGGCGGCUCUCCGGGAGGUUCGGCCGCCGCCAUUUUGUUAGCGCCGGGCUGCCCGGGUGCGCGGAAGUGGCGGCCGGCGAGGCGGGAAGGGACGGGACGGGGCCCGCCCGGCUCCUCCCCUGCUGGGGCGGAGAGGCGGGGACUGAGCGCGGCCGAGCCGGGUCGGUGGAGGCGGCGGCGGCGGGGGGGGCCGAGCCGAGCGCGGCCCGGCGAUGUCGGCGUUCUCUGAGGCGGCGCUGGAGCGGAAGCUCUCGGAGCUGAGCAACUCGCAGCAGAGCGUGCAGACCCUGAGCCUGUGGCUCAUCCACCACCGCAAGCACUCGGCGCUCAUCGUCAGCGUGUGGGAGCGGGAGCUGCGAAAAGCAAAACCAAAUAGGAAGCUGACAUUCCUGUACCUGGCCAAUGAUGUCAUACAGAACAGCAAAAGGAAAGGACCAGAAUUUACGAAAGACUUUGCUCCAGUAAUAGUGGAGGCUUUUAAGCAUGUUUCAAGUGAGUCUGAUGAGAGUUGUAAGAAACACCUUGGCCGAGUGCUCUCUAUCUGGGAAGAAAGGUCUGUUUAUGAAAAUGAUGUAUUAGAACAACUUAGGCAAGCGUUGUAUGGAGACAGAAAGGUGAGGAAGCGCACAUACGAACAGAUAAAAGUUGAUGAAAGUAACUGUUCACCUCGAAGUUCUCCCACUGACCCUCCACAGACCACAGAUCUCAUUAGAGCAUUACAAGAACUAGAAAACGCUGCCUCUGGGGAUGCAGCAGUUCAUCAGAGAAUAGCUUCUUUGCCUAUAGAGGUCCAAGAUGUGUCCCUGUUAGACAGAAUAACAGAUAAGGAAUCUGGAGAGCAGCUUUCCAAAAUGGUAGAUGAUGCAUGUAUGUUGCUGGCGGAUUACAAUGGCAGGUUGGCAGCUGAAAUAGAUGAUAGAAAACAGCUAACUCGAAUGUUGUCGGACUUUCUCCGAUGUCAAAAAGAAUUCCUUGCAGAGAAAGAACAUAAGCUGGAAGAGUACAAACGCAAGCUAGCCAGAGUGUCCCAAGUACGGAAAGAACUCAGGUCACGCAUCCAGAACCUGCCUGAUCUCUCUCGACUUCCCAAUGUCACGGGCAGCCACGUACACUUACCGUUUGCAGGAGACAUCUACAGCGAUGAUUGAUUACAAGAACAUCCUUCCAUAACCUCUACUUUUCUGUGAAAUGAGGGGUAGGUCAGAAUGAUUGGUACACUUGUAGUAUUAUUUUUGUAUAUUGUUGGAGAGUGUCAGUAAAAAAACUCUAAUAAUUUAUAAAAAAUGGUUUAAAAGUUGAUUUGUUUACUAUUUUAUUGGCGAGUGAACAUAAGGGUACAUUUAUAAAAGUGACAUCUGUGUCUAUUACAUUGAAGAAUGGAUAAUUAUCUUAUCUUUUGUAAAGAUUUUAGUUGGGUGCCCUCAAAAAAACAUGCUAAGGUUUUUCUUACGUACCCUAUAUUUAACGUAGAUCAACAUAUAAUCAACACAUACUUCUAACUCGAGACAUUUCAGUUGCUAGUGAGGGAGUGAAAUGCGGAAAUCACAAGCUUAUGUUUGCAAGAAGGUUGAUGCAAUUUAAUGCAAAGUUAAAAGUGAUCUUACUGUCCAUUACAUUUAAAUUACCCACUCCCAAAACAAGUCAGGUAGGUUUUUUUGAAGUAAAUGUUAGUCACCAAUUUUGUAUUGGAAAACAUAAAUCAUGUUACACUGAGCAGAUCUUUAAAUGACUCAAAAUAUUACAAUAUUUUAGUAUCACUUAAAAGUCAGUGUAAGAAACUAUACAAUCGACCCAUUUAAUUAUGUUUCAAAAUUGUAACCUUCUUUUUACAGCUGCUUAGUUUCUAAAUUGAGGGACCAUUCAUUUGUACUCUAAUCCCUUUCUGGAACAUCCGUCUCCAUCUAAAAAGGUUAAUCCCAGAAAUGUGAAGCCAUUUUACAGCUUUAAUUAAAUUGAAAGGUCAUUCUCUAAACUGUCCCAAUUGUUAAAUGCCCAUUAUUAAAGUUCGACAAUGCUAUGUACCAUCCAUGCACGCAGCACCACGAUGAUAUAGCCAUGCUGUACAUCCUCUUCCACUGAGAAACCCUGGAGGCCAGCAUGGGCUUCCAGCCCUGCACCUCCACCCGCUCCAGCAAACAUUUCUAGAUCUUGAUUGUCUUUUCUCACAGAACAGGAGGAGACAGUUCAGGCCCGUGUAUGAGUCAAACAGUGGAAAAUUAUUGCCGACUGUCGUUUUUUAAAAAAGUCCUUUGCAUGGCACAAAUGUGGUACUUGCCUACAGGUAGCUGAAUUUGUGAAAAGUCCUCGUUACCAUACUAUGCGCCAGCUUUUAAGUUCACUUAAAAACUUAAAAGAUACAGACAGGCAUCUAGCAAAUUGCCAGAAAGUUGAGGCUUUUCAGUCAAUUGGAAUUAGGCACGUAAUUGUUGAAAGAGGUAUAUAAAAAAUGCCUACCUGUGCCCUUGGCAUUUAGAUGACCUUAAAAACCUGAGCUGCAAGUGUUUGAGUUGGAUAGAUCAUCGGAAUAUUUAAUGAUUGCAUUUUGCUCAUGGGUUUGCACUUGUCAGGCAUUGUUUUCCAUCAGUUAAGUUCCCAGUUUACAAGUUUAAUUCUCCUUCUCACAUGAAAGCAAAUUUUCUUAGAAAAAUCUAUUCUUCCUUUUCAAAAACCACAACUCAAAAUAGUCCUGGAGUGAAACUGUUGAAGAUAGUGAUCUGUCACUUGUUAUUGACUUCUACAGGCCUAAUCACUAGAAUACUUGUUGGAUGUGAAUGGAGAAUAAUCUUUCUCUUUAAAAUAGAUACACUUGGUUGUAAGCACCUCAGUCCAAUUAUCUUUUCUCAUGGAGGUUGCCAUGAAUUAGACCUCAGUUAAGUCGGGAAGAAACCCCAAAAGAUAAAAAUACAAGCUGUUGACAUAGCAUUUGGUAGCAUGCAAUGUAGAAUACUAAUUUCAUCAAAAAAUCUGACAGAUAGGAAUGCUGAAACUAGUUCAUCAGAGCGCGCUAGCUGUCCAAAGAUUUGUAAGUUUCGAGUGGCAGUUUUCCACUCCAUAGGAAAAAGGAGCUAACUAUAAUAAAUACAGAGGAGUGUUUCUUUAGUUUAAUAUGCAAAAUUAAAUAACACUUAUUGGCAUCUUUUCGGUGUAGAUUCUUGAUAAGAAAAUGAAUGUUCAGGUACAGUUUUAAUGUUUUGAAUAUUUCUGUUCUAGUGCAUUAAACUCAGCGCAUAAAUUCCUAUAUACAUGUAUGUGCAUUACAGUUGCAGUUAAAGCUCAGUCUUGCUAAAGAAUAGCACCAAAUUUGUGUUAAAUGUUAGAAAAGCUUACUCUAUUAAGAAUUAUAAAACAAAUCAUAAAACAAGAGGGAUAAAUAGUGAGUUCACGGUUGAAUCCCAUCCAUGGAAAACUUAAUUUGUACCCAGAGGUGGUAAUAAGUGCAGUGGCAUGGCUUGUUCAGGGUGCAUUGAAGGAUCUAAGUCUUGGAUACUCAAAACCACAGGGAAUUAAACUUAAACAGACUUUUGCUACCUUAAUUAAAAAUAGUUAUAAUAAUAAAGUUGAAUGCUGAAUUUCCUUGACCUCUCAAGAGUGUUAAAAAAGACAUGACACUUUUACUUCACUAGGCUUGUUUUUCCUAUUCAUAACUCUUAGUGAUAUUGUUGCUUAUCUACAGAUAACGUAGAACUGAUAAAAGAAGGAGGAAAAAAUCUCAACUUCCUGAUGUAUAUAGGUUUUAAUUUUGAGAAAGUGCUAUUUUCUGGAUAUAUUUUUCUUUAUUUUACUGUGAAAUUGUUUACUUCAAGGAAUAUUUCAUAGCUGGGGUUUUGGAAAUGAUCCCUCAACAUUUGUUUGGAAAAGAGGACUUGUGGAAGGUAAAGGUCACUCUUAUAGCAAGUGUCAUAUAUUAGUGGCUGAACGGUACGUUGUUUGUUAUUUAUAUGGGAAAGGCAUCAGAUAUCAACUAGUUAGAAGAUUUAUAUUGUAACUGUAAUAGUAUAGCAGGAGAUAACAUGGUACGAUACAAAUGCAGCCCUGUAGUAUCAAAAAAUACCUCCAAAUUCUCAGGUUCCAAAGCUUAACGUACGUACUUCGGACAUCUCAGGAAGAAAAGAGACUGGGUAGGGAAAGGAAGGGUGCCUAGGAGCUGAAAGGGAGAACACGCCUGGGUGGAAAUGAAAAGCAAAACAAAUGUCAACUUUUGUCAAAACAGAAAUAGCGGUGUGAAACUGGGCAGCACAAUGUUUUAGCUGUAGAUGGGAUUAUACAAUAGAACUGCUUUGGGGUGUUACCACCCUGGGAAGGAGAAUGUGUGGGUGGGUGUACCCUGCCCGUCUCUUCUAGCGUGGUCUGAAUCUACUCAAACCAGAACACCGACCCUACAGAAGGCACAAUUAUAAAAUAUCUGAACAUUUUUCAUCUAAUAACGAAAGCAUGAUAAUUAGAUUAUUUGCUUCACUAUAUUGCACUUUUAUUGAGCAUUCUCCAAAAAAAGCAACGAGAUUCCUGCAGCUCUUUGCCGCAUGAGAAUGCUUACCUUGGAGGUCACUGGGACUGCUUGUAUAUUCUACUGUUUGCAGGCUCAAGCUGUGUUUCUGCAUAAUGUUUUGAAAGAUAUCAGGAAUAUUACCACACUUCUGUGGUUUUAAAAAUAAAUGUGAAGCCCUUAGUUACAAAAAUUACCAUUCUUAGAAAUUCUGUUUCAUUACUCCUUUUGAAAAUUAAACUACAGCCUGCAGUAACAUUAGCUUGUCUGUUUCACUGUUAAUGUUUGUAUUAAUAUAUUAAAACAAACACCUCAGUUAAUCCCUAGCAACACAACCCAAACUACAUGCUUAUUAUGUAUUUUAUCUGAGUAGUCUUCUGAAUGUUGACCUGAGAGCUUUCAUUAUGAUAAAAUUACAUUCCUGUUUCCCUGAAGUUUAAAAAGAUGAUGUGUUAGGACUUCCAUAGACUAAUACUGCUCUCACAAGUCAGUGGGAACUCAGUCUGGUAACUUCGGUGAUGACCCAAAAUAUGUACCUAGGAUGCAGUAUGUGCAGAUGACCAUGGAAGACAUGGAAAUCAUACAUAGGCUUGGUUGGCCCUCUACAGAAGAGCUGGCUUUCAACCUUUUGAAACGUAAGCAAAUAGAUUAAUAGGUGGGGGGUUUUUUAAGUGGAAAAAUUAAUGAACUAGAAAACCAGCACGUCUAAAAUUUGACGGUUACAUUUAUAAAUAUUUAGGGCCAGUUCUGCUCAUUACUCAUGCAUAUAAUCACAGUGACUAUUCCUGCAAGUAAGGAAAGCAGACUCAAAUGUAGUGUCUGAAGUGGAAUUUUUUUUUUUUAAUGAAUUACCAAUUUUGUCUCAGCUCCUAUUUCAGUGUGUCAUUUAUCUUGAUUAAGUAGUAAAUCUCUUCCAUCUUGUUAUUUAGAAAUCUAAUUCUGAUUUCAUCUUUACAAUAUUUAAAGUAUCCUACUAAGCAUGAUGUUUUUGUGGGAAUUUGCAAAAGUUCAAUAGCACUCGUUACUUGUUUGCAACAGAAAUAGACUCAUUUGUUAAAAGCUAACAAGAAAAGUUUGAAAUGUAAAGAUGUUUCAUUAUUGUGCUUUUCUGACAGAACGUGUAAUCCUUGUGUAAUUUAUGUCCUCAGAAUAACACCUGUAUGUAUGCUCUUUCAUAUUUAAUAGAAUAAAACAUUGUUGUAAAAACA